AUGAGUCAGUUAAAUUAGUAUGUUAGUUACAAGGUUACUUUUCCAGACACGUCAUUACGAUUGAAUGGUAUUUUCCGUUUUUAAUUGUAAUCUUUCAAGUGACAUAUAAAUUAAGUUAUCGGGGAUUCCGGAUAACCCACUUGACCUUACUGGACAUUUAAAUAAAAUGGGAUUUUCCCUCUAUACAAACGUACAUCUAUCAUCAAAGUUUCUGUCUGUGUGUGUAACAUGUGUUCAGGUUUACAGAUCAGAUCAAAGUAAUUCAGCUAUCGGAUUCAAGUUGCGUUUUGAGUCUAUAGGCAAAGAUUAAUUGAGAUUUGUAGAGAUGUUCCUUUUCCAAGUAUUUGUCCUUGUGUUGGUCACUAGCGUCAUGGCUAAAGACAUUUGUCCGAAGAAAUGUUUCUGUAACAAACAAUUGACAUCGGUGAAUUGCGCAGGACAUAAACUUUUAAACGUUCCAGACAGGCUUCCGAAGUCAGUUGAGAAGCUAUAUAUGACACACAACAAUAUAAUACACGUUAAUUUGUCUGCAAAUGUCGUCUUACCAAACCUUCGAUAUGUCUGGCUGGACAAUAACAAAAUCGCAGGAUUGCAAGCUAACGCAUUUGAUGGGAUCAUUGUUCCUAAGCUUUCUAAGUUGUAUCUUAGGAACAAUAAGAUAUCUGUGAUAGAAAGCAGAACUUUUUUAAAUAUGUCUUCAUUAACCCAGGUCUUUCUAAGCAACAAUGACAUUCAAAAAAUAGAACCAGAUGCCUUUGAAGACACUCCAUCAGUUCAGUUAAUAAACUUGGACAGUAAUUAUUUGUCCGAAAUUCCAAGACUUGGGAAAUUAAAAAGUCUUAAAAGUCUUUACAUACAGGCGAACCAAAUUUCUAAUCCCAAGUUUCCGGAUGAGUUUAAGGAUCUGAAGAAAAUUAACGACAUUGGCUUGAGUAACAACGCAAUCAGGAAACUUGAUGAUUUGACCUUUAAAAAUUUGCAAAAUUCAGAUGUACGGAAACUGGAAGUAUCAAGGAGUAAAAUUGAUGAAAUAUCUACCGGUGCUUUUAAGUGGCUGAAGAAUAUAACAUCCCUUAAAUUAGGCUAUAAUCCUUUGACAAGUUCAGAUUUAGAGAUGGCAUUCCAUGGUCUUGUAGGAUCGAGUCUGGUUUCAUUGAAUAUAGAUAAUAUAACUCUUGGUGGAGUAUUACCCUCAUCCACCUUUCAGUUACUUCAGAAUACACCAAUAACGACACUCAGUAUGAAAAAUAACAAAAUGAGCAGUAUACCCCAAAAGGGGUUCGCAAAUUUAAAGAAGUUGAUUAGCUUAGAUCUCAGAGCUGCGAACAUUUUCAAAAUAGAUGACAGUGCUUUUGAAGGGCUGGAUGCCUUAACAGGGUUAUUCCUAAACGACAAUCAGCUAUCCCAGGUACCUAACAAUCUUCCGCCAUCAUUACAAAAGUUAUAUUUAAAUGGCAACCAAAUCUCGGCGUUGAAAGACAAUACCUUUAUGAAGUUGUCAAAACUACAGUUACUAUACUUAGGAGGGAACAAAAUUCACCAACUUGAACAGAAAGCAUUCUUUGGCCUUACUAGCUUAAAAAAGAUACACCUGGUAAAUAAUAAGAUCCAUACCUUACCAGGAAGACUCUUCGAAUCUUUCGUUGUUUUAGAUUCACUCGAACUAAAUAAAAAUAAUAUAAACCAAAUUCCGAACGGUGACAGUCUCUUUGCAUCAAUGGCAUCUCUGCUGUAUCUGAACAUGGCUGACAAUGCAUUUUCAUCCUGUUCUAUGGGACUUUUUAAAGUCCUUACAUCGCUUAGGUAUUUACACCUUGAAAAUAAUCAACUUGGUGACUUGAUUGCUAGAGACGUCAAUGGUAAUCUGUUUGCUGGAAUGGACAAACUUAUCGUAUUGAACUUGACCAACAAUCAAUUGACGCAGCUUCCGGGUCCACUUUUCAAAGAUCUGAUAAAUCUACAAAACCUUACAAUGAGAUCGAACAAAAUAUCAUCAUGGGGAGACAACUUAUAUAAAAGAACUUUCAAACUAGAAAAUCUUGAUCUUGGUCAAAAUAUGAUUGCACUGGUCAAUUCGUCAUCUGUUGGAGACUUUAAGAAAAUGAAAACUCUUGAUCUACGUCAGAACCCUUUUGCUUGCACGUGCGACUUGCGAUGGUUCCGUGAUUGGAUAAAUACAACAAAAAUAGCAAUUUUGCACAACGAAACAUAUCUCUGCAAUUCGCCCCCAGAAUGGCAUGGAAAGAAGCUUCUUUCUUUUGACAGACAUAAAAUAAAUUGUGUCUGGUUUACAAGAAGAGAAAUUAUAUUUGCAGCAGUAGGCGGUUUCCUAGUUUUUGUUAUAGUAAUUGCUAUCGUGUACAAAAGACGUUGGUACAUCAAGCUCCGAUGGUAUAGAAUUCGUCGAUCAUUGAAAAGGUCUGGUGGAACCGGAACUGGCGGUUAUCAGAGACUUAAUGGCGAUGUUAAUAAAUACGAUGCAUACAUUUCUAGUGCCAGCGACAAUUAUCAAUGGGUUUUGAAAAAUAUCUUUCCUGGGAUAGACAGCGGAGAUCUGGACACUGAAAAAUUCGGUGGUGAAUUCAAACUGUAUUUCGAGGACCGAGACGCCGAGCCAGGAAAAGCUGAAGUAUAUAACAUCAUAGAGAACAUGGAAGCUAGUCGAACUGUACUCAUUAUACUUACAAAAGAAUACAUGGCGAAAGAGCGAUACAAGUUUGAAAUCAUUACAGCGAUCGAUUUAUUGGAAAAGGGCAAAAUUUCUGAUAUUCUGAUUGUCAAUGUUGAUGGACUCACCGCCAGACAUGUUCCGAGGUUAUUGCUGCGUAAGAUGGAAAGGCACGACUUCCUCACGUGGGAAGAUUCAGCGGAGGCUAAAAUGACCUUUAAAGAACAAUUAGCGGAUGGCUUAAGAAGGAAAAGACGAAUGGAGAAUGUUAUAUGAUCUUUUUCAUACAUUAUGAAACUCUGGAAUACUGCUGUUUAAUAUUAAGAAUAUUCUUUUCAAAAUUAGAUCUUAGUUGUGAAAAGCUAGUGUAGAGUUUAAUUGUUUCAUAAUUUAUGCGAAUGAUUAUACAACUGAAUAUCUUGUGUACACAUAAUGGACUCAUGCUCAGUGUUUUGCUUAAUCACGAAGGCGUAUUGAGAUACUGUCAGUAUCUUUCUAUAUUUAUCAUACACGAUGAGAAUCAGAAUCAUUGGCUGUUACUGACGAUAUUUUAAAUAUUCUUUGACAUGAUUUUUUCUUUCUUUCUGCAAAUGAACGUAUUUUGCUAACAUACCAUGUCGAUUGCUUCUAUUGUAAAACACGCACCUUCUCAUCCACAGUGGGUUCUUUUUUAUUAAUAUUUUUGUCGUUGAUCAAAUGUAAUUUUUUGCUUGGUAUUGAAUUUAUAUAGAUAUAGGUUUCGGACAUAAAGUAGACAGAAGUAAAAUUUCCGAACCGCUUCUUACUUUAAAAUAACAUUUGUUUUCGCGUCACAAAACCAUUGUACUAGAUUUCGACAAUUUUAAACUUGAUAGACGACUAUCAACUUAAUGAUACGAGUAGUAGAUUUGUUUUAAGUCACUCAGUUUUGUGUUUCAACAUCAGUGAGAACAUCGCUCUAUUAUAUAUUCACUUUGUCAGAAUUAUUAAACUUGUCAGUAAAUGUAUCCAUGUGAUAUUACAGUGUUUAUAAUUUCUUCUUGUAAUAUAUUUGUAAACAUUUUACAGCUGAAUACUGCCUAUUUUGUGCACUUCUUUUGGGGCAUAAUAUUUGUUUAUUAAUUUCACUAGUAGUUCUUGCGAUAUACAUGUAGUCUCAUAGUAUACUAACUCGUUUACACUUGACAGAGUUCUCAAUUUUAUUAUUUUUUUUGUGUUUUCGUUUUUGUUUUUUUGUUUUUUGUUGUUACCAUAGUUAUGAUGUAAAACCUGCAGAUAUAUAAAAUGCAUUUAUGCAACUAUCGUUUAUGCAUUGAUAAGAUCAAGGGUUUUGCUCACACAUUGUUGUCAAUAUAAAAAGAAUUCUAUGCGACAGUCAUACAAGUGAGAGGUUUAGCUAGCUAUAAAACCAGGUUUAAUCCAAUAUUUUCUACAUACGGAAAUGUCUGUACCAAGUCAGGAGUAUGACAGUUGUUUUCCAUUCGUUUCAUGUGUUUGAACUUUGGAUUUUGCCAUUUUAUGAAGGACUUUCCGUUUUGAAUUUCCUUUGGAGUUCGGUAUUUUUGUUAUUUUACUUUUUUCAUGGCAAUGUAAUGACUUUGGAAUAGUGUAAGUAUAAAUAGUUUAAAGAUCACUUUUACAAUUGUAUGCUACAUGUACAUGUAUUUGUUUUGAUUUGUUUUGAUUUAAUAAACUUUGAAAUAACGAAA